AUGGCUCUCCUUGUCCGUGCACCACCGCUUCUUCUCCACCUACAGCCUCCCCCCACCACCGCGCAAGCUUUCUUCGUCCGGCAACUCGCAACCACACCCCGCCGCCGUCCCCUCUCCGCCCGCGUGCGCGUGCGCGCCUCCAACUCCGACCCUCCGCAGCAGGUCAACCUCUCCGUCCUCCGCUUCACCCUCGGGAUCCCCGGGCUGGACGAGUCGUACCUCCCGCGGUGGAUAGGCCUCGGCUUCGGCGCCCUCGUCCUCCUCAACCACCUCCUCUCGCCGUCCCCAACCCCCGCGCAGCUCAGGUCGGAGGCUCUGGGGCUGUGCCUGGCCGCGUUCUCAGCGGCGCUGCCGUACCUCGGGCGCUUCCUAGAGGGUGCUGGUGCUUCCAGCCGUGUGCCGUUGCCUGAAGGAAGCAGGCAGGUGUUUGUGAUUCCUGAUGAUCUGUCAACGGCGCAGAAAGAGGAUAUGGCCUGGGCGACAUAUGUUCUGCUGCAGAACACAAACACCACAUCAGUGCUCAUAGCAAUUGACAAUGUGUUGUGCAUCCGAGGAUACUGGGAUCCUCCUGCAGAUAUUUCCAAAUAUGCAAUGAUUGAUUGGUUCAAGAGUCAGAUGGAACAAGCUGGACUUGACAAUUUGAGCAGUGCUUUGUACAUUCCUAAUUUUUCUGACACUCAGCUUGGGAAUAUUCUACCACAAGGAAUUCUUUCUGUGUUGGCACAACCAAUUUUGAGCAACCCUGAUCCAGCUAACGGUGAAUCAAAAGCUGAAGGUGUCGUCCUGUUGGCCUCCAAUGCAAAGUAUGCAUACAGUGAGAAAGAUAUGGUUUGGAUAAGCACAGUUGCAAAUAAAUUUCGACUUGCGUAA